CAUCACCGCCAACCAACCCAUCACACAUCAAUUCCGACACCCAGAUCUUCUCUCUCUCUCUCACACACACACACUUUCUCUCUCUAGAUCUCACCGACUCCCCCAACUUAUCCCCCCCUCAUUUCUCUCCACACCAAAUCCAGCUCAAUUUUAGAGAUAUACAUAUACAUAUAGAGAGAGAAUCCGGCGAUACACACCUCCAGAUGUAACUGAGUCAACUCAGAUCUAAAUCCAUUCAUCCACUCCGAUCACCUGUUGCAGAUCUUAACCGGGUUUUGUGUGAAGAAGAAGAAGAAGAAGAAGAAAAAUUACAAUGGCACCGACAACGAUUCGAAAGGCGAUAGGAGCGGUGAAGGAUCAAACAAGCAUAAGCAUUGCUAAGGUAGCUAGCAAUAUGGCGCCUGAGCUAGAAGUUGCCAUAGUGAAAGCCACAAGCCACGACGAUGAUCCGGCAAGCGAGAAGUACAUUAGGGAGAUCUUACAGCUUACGUCGUACUCGCGCGGCUACGUGAGCGCCUGCGUUCACGCGGUGUCGAAGCGGUUGAGCAAGACGCGUGAUUGGAUUGUUGCGUUGAAAUGUUUGGUUUUGAUCCACCGGUUGUUGAACGAUGGGGAUACGGUUUUUCAGCAGGAGAUUAUGUAUGCUACUAGACGAGGAACUAGGUUGCUUAACAUGGCGGAUUUUCGCGAUGAGGCGCAUUCGAAUUCGUGGGAUCAUUCUGCGUUCGUGAGGACUUAUGGGUUUUAUUUGGAUCAGCGGCUGGAUUUGAUCGCGUAUGAGCGGAAACAAAACGGCGGUGGUGGUGGCAGUGAAGAUGUUGAGAAAGCCCGUGAAGAUCGUUGGAGAUCUCCGCAAAACCGUGGGUACGAUUAUGAUUACGAGUUUCGCGAUGAGCCUGGGUACGGAAACAUGAGGAAGACGAGAUCUUACGGGGAUGUGCGAGACGGGUCUGGGUCUGGUGGAUCAUCUCAAGAAAAGAAAGACGCGACUCCGGUACGCGAGAUGACCCUCGAGAGGAUUUUCGGGAAAAUGGGACAUUUACAGAGGCUGUUAGAUCGCGUGUUAUCGUGCAGACCGACCGGUCUUGCAAGAAACAGCAGGAUGGUUUUGGUUGCGUUAUACCCCGUUGUGCAAGAAAGUUUUAAACUUUAUUCCGACAUAUGUGAGGUUUUAGCAGUUUUGCUUGAUCGGUUUUUUGAUAUGGAGCAUCAGGAUUGUGUGAAGGCGUUUGACGCGUAUGCUAGUGCGGCAAAACAGAUUGACGAGCUUGUCGGUUUUUAUAACUGGUGUAAGGAUACGGGCAUCGCGAGAUCAUCCGAGUAUCCGGAAGUUCAGAAAAUAACCGCAAAAUUGCUGGAGACGCUUGAAGACUUCGUGCGGGAUAGAUCGAAAGCUAGGAAAAGCCCCGAGAAGAAACCCGAGGUUGUCGAACAAGUUAAAGAAGAGCCCGUUCCCGAUAUGAACGAAAUAAAGGCUUUGCCGGCACCGGAAACCGCUCCACCACCGCCGCCACCACCUGUGGUUGAGCCGGUUCCAAAACCGCAACACACUGGCGAUUUAGUGGACUUAAGAGAGGACGUGGGGACGGCUGAUGAUCAAGGGAAUAAAUUUGCGUUGGCGUUGUUUGCGGGUCCAGCAGCGAAUAACGGGAACGGGAAAUGGGAAGCGUUUGGGUCGAAUGGGGAAUCGGAAGUGACAUCCGCGUGGCAGAAUCCCGCCGCGGAGCCCGGAAAAGCCGAUUGGGAACUUGCGUUGGUGGAAACGACGAGCAAUCUCGAGAAACAGAAGGCGGCAAUGGGCGGUGGGCUCGACCCGUUGCUGCUAAACGGAAUGUACGACCAAGGAAUGGUGAGACAACACGUGAACAACACUCAGGUAACCGGCGGCAGUGCUAGCAGCGUGGCGUUGCCGGGGAAGACAUCCACACCUGUGUUGGCGCUCCCGGCUCCUGACGGGUCCGUUCAAGCCGUCGGUGGAGACCCGUUUGCGGCUUCGUUAAGUGUCCCUCCGCCAGCGUAUGUCCAAAUGGCGGAUGUCGAAAACAAACAGCGGUUGCUAGUUCAAGAACAGAUGGUUUGGCAACAGUAUGCGAGGGAUGGAAUGCAAGGUCAAGUCGGUUUGACCAGGAUCAACGGUGGAGGAUAUGUUGCUCCGGGUCAACCGCCCAUGAUGCCUUACGGCGUUCCGCCGCCAGUAAAUGGUGGGUACUACUAUCCUACUUAUUGAUGCCAUAUGUGAUGUGUAUUUACUUGCUCUUUUAUCAUAUAUUGUACUGUUCAAUUGAUUCCUGCAGGUUUGUGUUUCCGCUCUUGUUGGCAUUUUUGUUAUUAUUUUAGAACACAUUAAUAACCAACUAUAUGUAAUUAUUUGGUUUUGAAUCAAAGCUGUUAUAUGUUGUUUCUUUUGUGUGACA